UCGAAGAUUCGCAUUUUUCUAAUGGUAUUCCGGUGUGUGGAGUCAAAAUAUCAUUAUUGUGCAAGUAAGUUUGACCGAUGCUACUUUGUUUUUUCAAUUAAUUUGCGAAGUAAUAAAUUCGUUCUGGCUGUUCGUUCGUUGAUAAAAUUCUACGCUGGGGUUUUAUUAAAGAAUCUCCAAUCUUCGCUAUGAUUAAUCGUGUAUUGAUAAGUCUCACUCGAGAGAAUCAACAUCGAUAAUUGAUUAAUUUUAAAGUUGGUAUGAUUUUCAGGUAAUUUGAACUUUGAAGAAUGAAGAAUUACAAUGAACCGAAUGUAUGGAAUAUUUCCAUUCGUGGCCACUCCGAUUUCACUGUUGAUUUUGCCUUUGCUAGUUCGCUAGGCAACUUAUUUCGCUCUGUACGGUUUCAAAUCGAUGUUUCAGCGAGAUGAGAUGUACUUUGAAGGGUUCAUCGAGAAGAAAGUAUUGGAUUUUUAUCCACGUUUGGUACGUUUGCCAUUUGAAAAUGAUCCUGUACCUGUUGGCUUUUUGGACUUCAAAAUGACUACGUUAGUUUCACGCCAUCAUCUCAGAAUGGACAUGGAAAUCAAAUGCAAAAUAUUCUGAUGGAUGGAAAUAGUUUCAAAAUUGAAAUUCAUACGUGCUCAAAUUUGAUACUCUGCAGAGUAGUCCAAAUCCAAAAGUCAUUUCAGUUGAACUAUGAAACAACAUAAAAAUAGACAAACGAACCUAUUCGAUUAGAUUCAGGAUUGCAACUAGGAAAAAAAUAAUGAUCUUGAAAAAACAGCAGCGAAAAAGGCCACGACGACGAUGAAAUCGCAGAUCUGGAAUUUAAACGAAUCAUCUUCGAAGAUAAACUUCAAAAAGAAGGAUUACUCAUGGAUAAAGAAUCUUACGGGAAUUUAACUUUCGUUAAACUAAAAGCUCCGCCGAAAGUGUUGAAAAAAUAUUGCGAAAUUAUGAAAUUUCGUAUGCCCAUUAGAGAGACUUCUAAAUUCGCUGUCAAGAUGAGCACUCCAUCUAUAAAAGGCUUCAGUUUAUUUGACGAGAUUGUCGGUUUAUUGAAGAAAGUUGGAAAUUUCCUUACUCGAGGCGAUCUCGAUGAUACAUCUAAUAAAUUCGAAUAUAAAUCUACCUACAGCAGAAAUAAGGAAUAUUUAUUUAACGAAGAUGAUCCUGAUUUCUUUUCGUAUACAAUUCGUAUUUUAAUCGUUCAUCAUAUUUUGAAUAGUCAAACUUUGAAUUGCGACGAUGGAAGCGAAGAUGAACCGGUUAGUUUGGAAAAUUUGCUCAAAGAUGGUGUUUAUAAAGCAGCUUAUCCUUUACACGACGGUGACUGCAAGGAUGACGCCAGUACCAGAGCAAAUUUACUCCGUAAUUGGGCAAACAUGAAAAACUUCUACAGGAAACAACCUAUCGAUGUGGUGCAAGAGUACCUAGGGACGAAAAUAGCGUUUUAUUUCGCAUGGCUCGGAUUUUACACCCGUUUGCUUUUGCCACCAGCUUUCGUCGGCUCAUUAGUCAUGAUUUAUGGAUUAUUAACGUUACCUGACGAUGAAGUGAGUCGAGAUACCUGCAAUGCUAGUAAUAUUACGAUGUGUCCAACCUGCGAUUAUAAUUGCGAUUAUUAUGAACUUUCGGAUAAUUGUCUGUAUUCGAAAAUAGUCCAUAUAUUUGAUAACAAUCUGAACGUCAUAUUUGCUCUGUUGAUGGCAGUUUGGGCUUCUACGUUUUUAGAAAUGUGGAAAAGAUACGACGCCGUGUUGAACUACAGAUGGAGUUUGAAUCGAUUCUCAGAGGAAGAAGAACCUUCUCGACCAGAAUUUUUGGCCAAAGUUGUCCAAUACGAUAGCUACAAAAAGAACAUCGUUACUGGUAAAAAAGAUCCAGCGGUUCCAUUUUGGCGUGUUCGAUUUCCGGUGGCACUUUUAAGCUACACAACGACGCUGUUUUUUAUAAUGCUCGUAGUAAUCGCAGUAAUAUCGGUGCUCGUGUACAGAAUGUGGAUAACAACCGCCAUAUCAAAAUCAACCGACGAGAUGUCAAUUUUGAAAACGUACGGAUCUGCUAUAAUCGUUUUCACCGGACCUGCGUUGAAUUUAAUCACGAUUAUGAUUUUAGAUAAAGUCUACGCGAGUGUAGCCGCCUACCUGACUGAAUUGGAACUUCAUAGAACUCGUACCGAACACGAGACGGCGUUGCAUAUGAAAAUCUACAUGUUCGAGUUCGUGAAUUAUUAUUCGUCGAUUAUGUACAUAGCCUUUUUCAAAGGUAAAUUCACCGGAUACCCGGAGCAUUAUUGGAAGCUGUUUGGAUCUCGUCAAGAAGAAUGCAAUUACGGCGGUUGUAUGUUGGAACUCAGUGUCCAGUUGGCUUUCAUCAUGAUUGGUAAACAAAUUUUCGGCGCUAUUUACCAACCAAUCGCAGCAUUUUUAAAACACAUUUACAAAGUCUACGUAUCGAAGAAGGAAGCCGCAGAUAACCAGUCGUCAGAACGAGAACUUCUUAAUUUAACCGGAGAUGCUUCGCAGAAGCGUUGGAUCGAGGAUUAUAAAUUAGCUGAUUGGGAAACAGUUGGACUGUUUCCAGAGUAUUUAAAAAUAGUUGUCCAGUUCGGAUUUAUCACGUUAUUUGUGCCAGCUUUUCCAAUAGCUCCUUUAUUCGCUUUAAUCAGCAAUAUCCUGGAAAUAAGAUUCGAUGCUUUGAAAAUCGUAACCUUUUACAGAAAACCUAUUCCUUAUAGGGUGCCUGGAAUCGGAAUUUGGUUCAAUGUGUUGCAGUUUUUGGGCAGUUUUGCUGUAUUAACAAACGCUAUCGUGAUCGCAUUCUCAUCCAGUUUCGUUCCACGAUUGGUUUACAUGUUGAAUAAUAAUUGGAGCGACGAUAAUUUCCUAAUGAAUACGUUAUCGCAAAUGAACGUGAAUGAUAUGGAGAAUGCCUCGAAACCAUUCAAUUCAACCUACAGCAAUGUCACAUUGUGCAUGUAUAAAGAUAUGAGACAGCCGGCUUCGUCACCCGAUAAAUACACCCCGACGUCUCUUUAUUGGCAAGUUUUCUUGGCGAGAUUAAUCUUCAUUGUAUUGUUUCAAAAUAUCACUUACGCUAUUAAAAGUUUGAUAGAUUAUUGGGUACCCGACGAGCCCGAAGAAAUUUUACAAUUAAUCAAGAGAGAGAAUUACUUGACUACGCAGUUGAUUAUUCAAAGAGAGACUGAAUUGGUCGCGAAUUCUAAUGGUAUUAAUGGAAAUGGACGAGGUAGUGUAAGUUCUGUCGAAAAUUCACCCCACUUUUCGCGAGUCAGCACGUUAAGAAAAUCAUUCGAAGAAGGAAUUGAUAAAAUGGUGAGUUCAAAGAACACAUAACCAGAGACGAUGGAGAAAAUUUCCGCCCAACUGUUGUACCAUCGAUGUAAAUUUAUUUUUUAUUUUUUUAUAUUCCUAUCGUUACCAUUUUUAGAAACCUUGUUUUGUUUUCCAUUUUAUCUACUAUACCUACUAUACCUUCGUUUUGAUUCGAGAGCUGGAUGAAUCAUACACAUAGGAGUAGGCAGUAUACCUAACCGAAAAAAAAACCCCUAUCAUUUGUAAAAAUCAUGUCAUGACUGGCCUCGAUUAAGGGUUGAAGACCUUCCGUAUGCUCGAGCCUGCUGCACAGUCGAACACGGAAAACUCACGUACACGUAUCGAUUAUUUUUUUUUAAAAUAGAGGAAAUUAUAUUUUAGGCAAUUCGGAGUAGGUGAAUUGAACGCUCGUUUCCAAGAAAAGAAAACUCCCUAUAUUACCUUAUUAUUUUUCAUGUUGCGCUUGUGAUAUGAUGGUCGCUGGUCGCUUUCGGUUCGGGUUUCCGGAAGCUCGAUCGCACCAUCGCAUCGGCUUGGAAACCAAUUCGAUAAAUGCAUUCAACGAUGACAUAGGUGUUGGCUUGGCGGCUUCGACUUCCAAUCGUCUGACGCCCCUUUCUUUCGUUGGUACUACCUUUUACGUAGGUAGUAUCGUGCUGUUUAUUAUUCUAAUAAUAUUAGCGUAUUGUCUUCUUAUAUGUAUUACGUCAUGUUGGCCAUGAAUUUAAUGACGUUUUUCCUGAAAAUUCAGUUUCCUUUGGAUGUUUUAAAAAGCGGUAUGCCGUACGAAUAAAUUAAUAAACUCGUACGUGAUCGUCGCUAUAUUGCGGUUGAAUUAAUGCUUCGUCCACAAUAAUUUGUCAAUUUAGUUAUUGUCUAUAUAGUAACUAUAGAAGUACAGCUACUUAUACUUACUGUGGGUGUAUCGAGUUUUUUUUUUCAGGCAUUGAAACCGUACAUGAAACUCUUCUGCUCUAUAAUGUCGUGUGUUCGUUACUCGUCGAGCCUUUAGUUUAUGUAAUUUUACUCGUUUUUUUGUGCCAUACGCCGAAAAAGAAUCCCCAUUAGAGGUAGAACAUUAGCAUGAUUCGAACGAGUGACAUGCAAUACGUACCUCCACCUUGCUGCCACCUCAUGCAGUUUAUCUCUAUUCCGCACCCUUAAUUUAUAUUAACAGACGUAUGUACGCACGGUAACCAAGGCGCCGUUAGUAAUAAAUUUCGAACAGGUUUUGAUUUUUCGCAUUCAUAUCCAAAUAUAGCACGUCUACGAAGCGAAGAAAAUCGAUAGAAAAAAAAAUACAUACCUAUACUGUACACAUAACACGAUGAAUGUGGUGACUGGUGAAUGUGGGUUGCACGUUGUGGUUGUACCACCAUCGGCGGCGGCCAUCGUUCUAGUGUUCGAGCUUACUAAAAUCUAGUGGGAUGCUAGUUGAAAGUACGAGUAGUUUAACCAUAAAUGGACUCGAUAAAAGAGGACAAUUUAAUUUUAUCUCGAGUCUCGAGAUGUUUCCUAUAUGAAUGUGUUAUCGUCGUAUACGUAUGUUAGGUAUUAAGAAACACUCGUUUAACCUUUUUAAGUAAAGAGACGUUCUCGCGCUCGCUGUUUUCUACACAAUUAUUAUCUUACUACCGCACCAUGAAAAAUUGAUGGAAAAAAAUAGCAUCAAUUAAAAGUUUAUUAAGCGCGGCGAAAUAUUAACCGGGGGUUGGGCCGAGAACUGAGAAGUGUUCGUCGAGAGUAGGAAAGAAAUAUUAGCGAAGAGGUACCUACUCGUAAUUGAAGAAGUGUAGCACAUAUGGCUGGUCUUCCGUGUAAAUCAGAACGUCUAAGCGCGAUGAGUUAUGCUCGUAUGAUUUUUUUUUUUUUUUUGCCAUAUGUGGUGUAAAUUAUAAUUAUUUCUACGUAGGUGGCUGCAUGGGAUAGUCGAGGAUGCGAAUGUGAGGGUUUUUCGAUAUGGGUUCAAUGUAUUUUGGAUUUGAGUGAGAUUUUAUGCAGCUGCGAUGGCGUUUAAUAAGUUCUUAGUACUUUGGAUUGACCUUCCUGUCUCUGAAAUUUCAUUUCUUAUAGCGAAAGGUUAAAUUUUGGAUACUUGUCUAGUCUCUAGUCGUUUUCUAUACCCUGAUGAAGGCAGUCGGUGAGAGGGAAUAGCUGUUUGAAUGUCUCAAUAAUGAAAUUAUGUUUUUCCUUCAAAACUAUAAUAUUUUAGUUGAAAUUUUAUCUUCUAUUUUAACCGCAGUAAAAAUUGAUUUUCUAAGUAUGAGUCACAACAAAGCAUCGUACGAAAAAAAAAUCAAUAUAAAUGAAAUUAUGGAGCGUUAAAUUUCGUUAACGAAAAGUGGAGUCGAAUUGCAUUCCCCUAUUGGAAGCUCAGUUUUCGAGAUACUUUUUCUUCGUUGGAAAAUUCAGCUUUUAUAGUUGUAAAGAUUUCGAAAAUUGACAAUAGAAAGGAAAGGAGCUUGAAAAAACGUAUCAAUGGCCAAAUUUCAAGUGCUGAAGUGUCAUUAUCAAUUUUUGAUAAAUUUUUUAAAAUAGAAUUUAAGCUGAAAAUGAUAAAAAUUGGCUUAGGAAGCUAGAAUUUGGUGUGUAUCAUAUUUUUGACCAUCUAAAUCGAUUGAAAACGAUGUCGACCGAUUUUGAGCAGUUCUGGAGCCUCCAGUAAAUUUUAAAAGGUUGAAAUUUCCACAAAAUUUUACCAAAUGAAGUUAAAAGUGUGAAAUUCGGUGUAUAAGUAUCCUAUUUUUGACAUUCUGAGUUGAUUUAAUGUAGUUUCAAGCCGUUCUGGAUGAGCCUCCAGCGGUAUUUUGGAAAUUCCAGAUUUUCAAAAAGUGCCAUUAAAUCCGCCCAAUUCAUUUUUAUUAGCUCGUAUAAAUGUGAUUGAUGAUUGGUUGUGACCCACUCGAUCGAUUACAUGCCAUUUUCCAUUUUUCCAAAAUCAUUUUCUGGAACCAGAUAUUUCUCCAGAAUUCCAGAAAUUCCUCAAUUGAAAAUUUGAAAAAUUCACUGUGCACAGUGAAUUUUUAUACCUAUUCCGUUCGGAGAAAAAAGCUGAAAUUCAGUUCGUGACAUACGAGUUGACUGGUAACGAUUUUAGGUCGUUUUGGAACUUCCAGCAAUUUUUUGGAAAUUCCAGUUUUCCAAAAAAAAUGUCAUAAAAUCGGUCAGAAUGAAUUUUUAUAGCACCUAUAAACGUAUCCAGUGCAUGUAGGUGGCCCACUUGACCAAUUGGAUCACAAUUUUCAAUUGUAAAAUCGCUGGAAAAGAAUAGUUUUGAACUGACAGAAACUGAUUUCGGAAAACUGGUGUUUAAUGGGUCAAGAUGGGUCAUUAACAAAAUACCAAUCGCGUUUAUAUGUACUCUAUAAAGUGUUGCUCUGAACAGCUGUUCUUAUGGCACUUUUUGAAAUUCUGGAAUUUUCCAGAUUUGACUGGAGGCUCCAUGAUGGCUUGAAGCCACAUCCAGUCGACUGACCAUGUUGAAAUUGGGAUAUAAAGUACGUAAAUUUUAGCUUUGCAACUUCAAUGGGUGAAUUUUGUAAAAAUUUCAACUUUUAAAAACCUGCUGGAGGCUCCAGAACUGCUCAAAACAGUUUGAAAACCGUUUCCAGACGAUUCAACGAGUCGAUAAUAGGGUACUUUCUGACUAAAUUUUAGGGACAAUUUUUAUGGAACUUUUUGAAAUUCUGGAAUUUUCCAGAUUUGACUGGAGUAGAGAUGUGCACUUUUCAGAAAAGUAAUUUUGGUGAAAUGAAAAGUGAAAAGUUCAUUGAAAAGUGUGAAAAGUUGUGAAAAGUGUGAAAAGUAAAUUGUGUAAGUCUCAUUUUAAAGCUCGCCGUAUGAGCUUCAAAUUGAUGUAUUUUUUGCCUAUCUAAAACACACAAAAAACAAAAUCAUUUUUUUCACCUACUUAACCGAAUAGUGGUAGUUUUGAGCCUUCCUAAGGCUCUAACGUUUUUGGGUUUUUCAGUUUUGAAAAAAAUGCUGUGAAAAAUAUCAAAAAUGGGUGCUGAAUUGCGAAGGUGGUGGAGUGGAGAGAGUGGAACUUGAUAUUUGACUUCAUUAAUGAGGUCAGUGAUCUCUGAUGAGUAAAUUGAUUGGUCACUCGCUUUUUUUUUUAGUAAAAACUGAAAAGUGAAAUGAAAAGUAGGAACAUUUCGUUUCAACUUUUCAUUGAAAGAAAAGUACUUUUCACUUUUCACACUGCACAUCUCUAGACUGGAGGCUCCAGAAUAGCUUGAAACUUCAUCCAGUCGACUCACCAUAAUGAAAUUGGGAUAUAAAGUACUUAAAUUUUAGCGUUGCAACUUCAAUGGGUGAAUUUUGUGAAAUUUCAACCUUUUAAAAAUCUGCUGGAGGCUCCAGAACUGCUCAAAACCGGUUGAAACCGUUUCCAAUCGAUUCAACGAGUCGAUAGUAGGGUACUUACUGACUAAAUUUUAGGGACAAUUUUUAUGGAACUUUUUGAAAUUCUGGAAUUUUCCAGAUUUGACUGGAGGCUCCAGACUAGCUUGAAGCUUCAUCCAGCCGACUCAGCAUGUUGAAAUUGGGAUAUGAAACACGUACAUUUUAGCGUUGCAACUUCAGUGAGGGAAUUUUGUGAAAAUUUAAACUUUUAAAAACCUGCUGGAGGCUCCAGAACUGCUUAAAACCGUUUGGAACCGUUUCCAGUCAAUUCAACGAGUCGAUAAUAGGGUACUUACUGACUAAAUUUUGGGGACAAUUUUUAUGAAACUUUUUGAAAUUCUGGAAUCUUCCAUAUUUGACUGGAGGCUCCAUGAUGGCUUAAAGCCUUGUCCAGUCGACUCACCAUGUUGAAAUUGGGAUAUAAAGUACGUAAAUUUUAGCGUUGCAACUUCAAUGGGCGAAUUUUGAGUGAAUUUUGUGAAAAAUUCAACUUUUAAAAAUCUGCUGGAGGCUCCAGAACUUCUCAAAACCGUUUGAAACCGUUUCCAGUCGAUUCAACGAGUCGAUUAUGGGGGACUUACUGACUAAAUUUCAGCUUUUUAGAUCAAUCGAGUAAAAUUUUCAUUUUUUUCAAAUUUUUGGUUGAAAUUCUUGUUUAGAAAUUCAGCAGGAAAUCGACAAAUGCAAUUUGGCAUCUAAAAUUUUGGUCAGCGAUGUAUGUUUGAUUGUUUGUAUGUUCUUUCAAUUUAGCUCGUACCUACUGCUAAACAUUGUUUUGCUAGUUGAGGUCUCCCUCGUGAGUUUUUUUUUCUUAGAAUUUUUUGCUUACUACAGAAAUUGAUUUUUCUUUGUAGAAAAUUGAUUUUUCAUGAUAAAAAUGGGACUUUUUAGCGAAAUAGACGGACAGGUCAGUCAUUUUGAGUAGUCAAAUAAGGUCAUUAAAUGGUGGUUUGAAUUAUUUUAAAAUGUCUGGAUUUCAUUUUUUUAUUUUUUAAUAUUAGAAGUAAGUAGGUAUCUUAAAAAUUUCGUACUUAAAUUAUCAAAAUAAUUGAAAAAAAAACUUUUAAAACAUUUGAAAAAUCCGUCGAAAAAUCCUAGAAAUAUUUCAAAUGACACUUGGAGCAACGUUUCGAUAUUUUAUUCAAUUUUGAUCUAGUUGUGAUUUUUUGAAUAAUUUUUCUGCUCAAUUCAACACUUUUUUUCACGAUUUUGGAUUUGAAACAAUUUUUUCAUUUUAAUAACAUUUCAUCGAGGUCUCGUAAUUUUAUAUUUUUGACCAAUUUCUACGCUUACGAGUAAUUUUUACCCAAUCUGAAUAAUGUUUACGUUACCUAUUGUUGUUUUUUUGUUUGUUUGUUAAAUUCUAUCAUAUUUUUUGUAGUGUUGUUUUUUUUUUACAUUUUAAGCAAUUUUUAUUAUUACUGAUUUAAACUAAGAUCAUGAUCAACUGCAUGAUAUCAACAUUUAAUUCAAUUUAGAAUGAUUUGAAUUCUUCCCUCGUAUUUUUAUCAAUUAUUUUUGUUAUAUCUUAGUAGGUACAUAAUAUGGCUGUAUCUUUCAUAUUUUAAUGAAAUUUUCAACUUUUUAGUCAUCUUUUUGUAUUAGUAAAAUGUUACAUGGUUUCGCCAUUUUUAUAAUUUUUACGAUAUUUUUUAUGAAUUCGUACUUAAUGGUUUAUUUGUUUGAAGUUUUUAACGAAUUUUUUUACACGAUUAUUUUAUAAAUAGGUAACUAAUUUUUAUUUCUUAUGAUAUUUUUUUUUUAUUACUUUAUACGAUCUCAAACUUUCUUAAAAUUAUUACAUGUUUGAUUACCUA